AUGAUCCGAGACUCUCCAAAGGGGGAAAACAAUGAUGGCUGUCCGGGCAUUCAACUAGGAGUGGGUCUGGAAAACGCUGGCACAGUUGCUUCAGGGUGGCUACUGGUCCUAAGUGUCACUAACCUGCCAUGGGUGUCACACGACACUGCUGGUCCCUCGAGUGUCCCCUCCGGCUCUCACUCUGUCCUCUUCCCUGCAGGGCGUGCCAGCUCGACAUCGGGUAGCAAGAGUCUGCAGCCGUGGCUUGUCGGGCUCAUCGCGGUGGUGGGCUUCCUCUUCCUUGUCUUCACUCUGAUGAUCCUCAGAAGGCUCUUCUGCAAGAAGGAAACAUUUGAAGAAGAAAGCAACAUCAACACAGAGGGACGAGACAACCCGGGCCUGGAGACGGAACUGGACGAAGUGGACACGAAGAACUGCCAGAAUUCUGAUUUUUAGCCGAGCUGGGAAAAAAGAAGAAAAAAAACUAAUCACUCCUAAAAUGUUUGUAACGAAUAAAGACGGAGAGGACACAGGGGGCGUCACAAAGGGUUUGUGGGUUGGGGGGUUUGUUUGGGGUCACCAUUGCUUUGGCUGCCUUCCUCGGCCGGACUCCUCCAAUCCAAUCGUUCCUUUGAAUUUCUGAACGGUUCUGCCGCCCUCUGGCGGUUUCGCUGGAGAACUGCAUGCAGGAGACGCCCCCGCGCAUGGCAGGAUUUUGUAAUUUAAUAAAGGAAUCGCAAUACGAUUAUUUGUAGCCAAGUCAGAAGUUCUCAUCUUUGUUGUAAUUCUGUGUGUAUUCGAUGAGCGUUGUUGCUGUUUGUUGUAAUAUUUUGAUUUUUUUGAGCUUCUGUAAAAAGCUAAAUUUCUCCCUUGGGACAAAUAAAGUCCUAUCUGUGAAUGGGUAG